AUGACUCCUUUCUUUGAAUUGAAAGGCCUUCCACUCCGUUAAUGUGUGUGAUCACCAGGAGAACCUCAUGCAGGAUCACUAAAACUUCUACUCGGAAUAGUGCUCCCAGUGACUAUUCCAGCUUGACUGAUUCUCAGUUUCUUUUUGGAUCACAAUUCUGUCCUGAGAAUUCAGAAACACAGGAUUUCAACUUGCCUUCAAGAACACAGAAGAAUUCCCAGCAGAACUCACAGCAGAUUGAAAGUGAAUCGAAGUUCUAUGAAAAAUAUCAGGCUAAGCCAUACUUAUUUGCUACAGAUGGCAAAGAGACUCGCUCAUUGACUCAGUUUUGUGCUGGGAAACCCAAAGGCUUUCUGGAACAGUUUGAGAUUAGGAGGAGAAAAGCGAAAGACAAAGAAGAAAGUGAGCUCUUUAAUAGCUGGAUUUCUAAGCUCCAGGACAGCGUUGAAGGGAUUAUAAUAUGCUUUAAUAAUCUUGAAAAGAAGGCAGAACUACACAACAGAUCGGUUCUAGAGGGAUUGGAAAAUAUGUCAAAAACAAUGCAGGAGAACAUAACUAAACACUAUGAAUCAAUAGUGAGUGCCUUGGAGGCUAAAAACAGUACUGAGCAAAUUCUGGAAAUGGACAAGAGACUUGUAGCUAAGGAGAUGGAAGUGAGUAAUCUUAGAACUCAACUACAGUUAAUGCAGGAGUGCCUGGAUGGGAUACAACAUUCACAAUGUCAACAACAUCAGAAAAUGUAUGAACAGCUCAGUUGGUUUAAAGAUCACUUUCAGGUUAAAGAAAUCCUGUCUGAACUCCAUAAACUUACUUCUAAAACAAGCCCUAUUAUCCAGGUGCAGAACAAUAUGACACAAACAACUCCUUGUUCAAAUGUCAUUGUCAGUAGGAAGAAGGCUUAUUAUGAAAGCACAAGAGUUUGCAGAACAUCAUUCCAACCUCAACCAGUACUAAUGGACAACUACCAACUUCCUGACACCAAAGCUGUAUGUGCAGAAAGUAGCAGUAAUCAUCUGAAUGUUCACCAGAAAACUUUACCAGAGGCUGCCAGGAUGGGGCAGUGCACUUUCGUUCAUGAACUUAAUGCCAUGUCUUCAUGUAGAGGCAAGGCUGAAGUCACUUCACCAUGUUCUACUGCAACAAAUUCAAACCACAUAAUAUCUGCAUGUCCCAUCAAUCAAGUUGCGCAAAGGGAGGUUUUGCCAAGUAAAACUCUUUCCCAUGCUGAUGUCAAAUUGGCUGAAUACCAGAAUGGCUCAAGGAGCAAAUCACCCUGUACUUCCAAUGCACCUGAACAGCACAGUAUUCAGAAAAUACAUCACAAUGACAAAGAAAACAAAUGGGGUCCUAUAACCUUCAAUCCAAGUGUAAAAUAUAAAUUUGAUCAGAAUAUGUGGCAGGACAUAAAUAAGAAGAGUAACAAUACAAGGAGAGAUUAUAGUGCUGUUGCAGGCAGAAAGAUGGCAACUGGAAGAUGCUGUACUAAAAGAAGAACCACCUACGUUACACACAGUAAGAAAAAGGAAAACAUCAUCAAAGCACCAGAUAAAUCAAAGACCAAGGAUAUCAUCAUGAAACAAACUGCUUUGGAUAAACCGAAGAUUAAGGCAGUCACCCAGAGACAAAUAAAAAUGAGUGAGAAGAAAGCAUUUGGCAAUGCUUCUUGUGAAAAGCGAAGACACCCUCUUGAAGGACUCUCUGUGAGAGAUGGGAGCUGGCAGGGACAUGUAAAAAAGGGAAAUUACCCACAACAGCAGAAUGUAAGGAAAGAGAUUCCGAAAGGAGCUAAUAGAAAUCUUUCACAGCAUCCUCCUAACUCCUUACAAGAGAAUUGUUUGCAGAAUGGUAUGGAAUCUGAACAUAAGUUUCAGUCAUGGUUUAGCCCUUUAAGUCUAACUCAAGAGAGCUCCUAUGAUAAUCUACCAAAUCCUUUAUUUGGAAAGGAAGCACAAAACAAAACGCAGCUUAACCUUUUUGACAGCAGUGAUGAUUCUGAUUAGGAUAUAUAUAGCUUUUACUCCAUCAAAUCUCAAUAUUUUUCAAAAAAAGGAAGAAUGACAAAAAUAUGAAAUAAAUUAAUUUUACUGUGAAAAUUGCAUUAUUUUACAGAUCACAUUUUGUUCACAUUAAUUUAUGCUAAAUAUACCAUAUCCCUACAAUUUAAUGUCUGUCUUAGCUUAUUGCUUUAGAAAUUAAUCCAUUGUAACAAGUAAGAAUUGUUUGCUGUUGAAAAUAGCUGUAAUUGUAACUGUUUUCACAGCAUUGGUGCUUUUAAUUUCUUUGAAGUACUUAUCGUUAAUGAAAUCCUGUGCGUUACAAACUAAUUAUUUUUUCUGAAUUUUGUCCUCUAAUUGGUUUCACUAUUGAUACACUAUCACUUUUUUUGUAUUCACUAUUUUAUUUAUACCUAGCAUUAGUUUGCCAGUGUCUUACUGACCUGGGCUGUUGUGUACCUUCCACUUGACUGGUGGUGCAUUUCUGUUUUGUACUUUGGCCUUUAUAUUGCACAUUGUACUUCUGACAUUUUGCAGUUGUCAAACUACUGCUGGAAACUACUUCCAUUAUAUCCAGUAGUAGUCCAUUAAAGGAAGUAGAAGGCUAAUAUUUCCUA